AUGUGCGGCGCGUGCACGCACGACGGCUCGGCGCACGAGUGCGCGCACGAGUGCACGGACGCGUGCGCCGCCGCCCGCGACGCCUGCAACGACGAUGCCCUGCACGGCUGCGAGGGGGCGCUGGAGGCGUGCGCGGCGGACGACGAGGUUUGCGCGGAGAUGCAGGAUCACUACGGUGCGGAGGAGGAGUCGUCGGGACACCACGACGAGGAGACGACCAUCACACCCACGGUCAGCGCGAUAGUCGCGUACGGGGUGAGCGUGCACACCGCAGACGUGAAGAACGCGGGAACAGACGCCGGCGUGUCCCUACAGCUGCAUGGCCACCACGAAACGUCCGGCUACGUCCUGCUCGAAUCGUCCGGCAACAGCUUCGAACGUCGAAGCGUGGAUUAUUUUGUGAUUGAACACGAAGACAUGGGUGACAUUUACAAUUUAAGUGUAAAGCAUGACAAUAAGCACUUGGCAUCUAGUUGGCUGCUCGAAAAGGUAGUUGUGGUUGCAAAGUACAAAGAGUUCUCGUGUCCUUGUAUGCGGUGGCUAGACACAAGCGAAGAUGAUGGCUCGAUAGAGAGGACGUUUCCUUGCUACCUGAUAGCGGAUAAUACACCGCCAGAGCCUCCAAAAGUUACUGACAUCCACUUCAAUGUGCUGCUGUUCUCAGCACAGUGUCUGUAUUGGGACGCUGCCAGCGACAAGUGGACCGAUGACGGCUGCGAGGUGGGGCCACUGACGACGGCGACGGAGAUUCACUGUCUUUGCACACAUCUCUCGUCGUUCGCCGGAAGCUUCUUUGUGCAGCCAAACGCCGUCGACCUUAUCGAGGACAUUAUCCUGUUCGCAACGUUCUUUGACAACCCGGUGACUGUUGCCAUGACGAUCGCAAUAUGGCUGCUGUACGUGGGCUUGUUUGUCUACGCGAGGAACAAGGACAGACAGGACUUGACAAGGUUAGGCGUGACUGUGUUAGAAGACAAUGACCCUACGCACGACUACGGCUAUCUGGUGACAGUCUACACAGGCCUGCGGAGACGCGCUGGGACCACCGCUACGGUGGGAAUCAUAUUGGAAGGUGUGAAGGAAGCGAGUGACGCGCACGUGUUACGCGACCCGCACAGACAGGUGAUGGAGACCGGCGGUGAAGACUGGUUCCUGCUGACCGCCGACAGGUCACUCGGUGACCUCACGGCCGUCCGACUGUGGCACGACAACACGGGCGUGAGUCCGUCAUGGUACGUCAGUCAGGUGGUUGUCAGAGACGUGCAGACAAGCCAGGUGUGGUUUUUCCUCUACAACGACUGGCUGGCGGUCAGCAUCGGUCCCAUGGUCAUCAAAUGCCGCCUACUCCUUGCGACGGAGGAAGACCUCAAGGUUUGUGCCUAA